GCCACAAAGGGCCCGCGCGCAGCCGCCGCCGCUGCGCGAGGAGCCAGGAUGGUCCUGGUCCACGUCGGCUAUCUCGUGCUUCCAGUGUUUGGCUCUGUGCGAAACAGAGGUGCCCCCUUUCAAAGGUCUCAGCAUCCUCACGCUACCUCCUGCCGCCACUUCCACCUGGGCCCCCCACAGCCGCAGCAGCUAGCCCCGGACUUCCCGCUGGCCCACCCCGUGCAGUCACAGCCGGGCCUCAGCGCCCACAUGGCCCCGGCCCACCAGCACAGUGGCACGCUGCACCAGUCGCUGACCCCGCUGCCCACCCUGCAGUUCCAGGACGUCACAGGUCCCUCCUUCCUACCUCAGGCCCUGCACCAGCAAUACCUGCUGCAGCAGCAGCUCCUGGAAGCUCAGCACCGCAGGCUCGUCUCGCACCCCAGGCGGAGUCAGGAUCGAGUGUCUGUCCACCCCCACCGCCUUCACCCCAGCUUUGACUUUGGCCACCAACUGCAGACACCUCAGCCCCGGUAUCUGGCUGAGGGCACUGACUGGGAUCUCAGUGUGGACGCCAGCCUGAGUCCCGCCCAGUUCCAGGUGCGGCCCAUCCCUCAGCACUAUCAGCAUUACCUAGCAACUCCUCGGAUGCACCACUUCCCCAGAAACUCGUCGUCCACACAGAUGGUUGUCCAUGAAAUUCGAAACUACCCUUAUCCCCAGCUUCAUUUCCUCGCCCUCCAGGGAUUAAAUCCCAGCCGGCACACCUCUGCUGUUCGGGAGAGCUAUGAGGAGCUGCUGCAGCUCGAGGACAGGCUGGGAAACGUGACCCGGGGAGCUGUACAGAACACCAUUGAGAGGUUCACCUUCCCCCACAAGUAUAAGAAGCGAAGACCCCAGGACGGCAAGGGCAAGAAAGAUGAGGGAGAAGAGUCAGACACAGAUGAGAAAUGCACGAUCUGUCUGUCUAUGUUGGAGGAUGGGGAAGAUGUGAGACGCCUACCUUGUAUGCAUCUCUUCCACCAACUGUGUGUGGACCAGUGGCUCGCCAUGAGCAAAAAAUGCCCCAUCUGCCGAGUGGACAUUGAGACACAGCUGGGAGCCGACAGCUGAGGGAGGAGCUAGCCAGUGGACGCCCCAUUUCCUUCACCAGGUCCCCCCCACGGCCAUAGCCCUUGCAGCCAAACUUUGCCUUCUGAGCCAUUUGACGUAGAGAAGAAGUCUGCAAGCACAUUUUGUGGAAAGAGGAGUUGGUAGUGGUGU